AUGAUAGAGGAUACAAUGACUUUGCUGUCUCUGCUGGGUCGCAUCAUGCGCUACUUCUUGCUGAGACCCGAGACGCUCUUCCUGCUGUGCAUCAGCCUCGCGCUGUGGAGUUACUUCUUCCAUACCGACGAGGUGAAGACCAUCGUCAAGUCCAGCCGGGACGCCGUGAAGAUGGUGAAGGGCAAGGUGGCAGAGAUCAUGCAGAACGACCGGCUCGGGGGGCUUGACGUGCUGGAGGCCGAGUUUUCCAAGACCUGGGAGUUCAAGAGCCAUAACGUGGCUGUGUACUCUAUCCAGGGUAGGAGAGACCACAUGGAGGACCGCUUCGAAGUUCUUACGGAUCUGGCCAACAAGACGCAUCCGUCCAUCUUCGGGAUCUUUGACGGGCACGGGGGCGAGACUGCAGCUGAAUAUGUAAAAUCUCGACUCCCAGAGGCCCUGAAACAGCAUCUUCAGGACUACGAGAAAGACAAAGAAAAUAGUGUAUUGUCCUACCAGACCAUUCUUGAACAGCAGAUUCUAUCAAUUGACCGAGAAAUGCUGGAAAAAUUGACUGUAUCCUAUGAUGAAGCAGGAACCACAUGUUUGAUUGCUCUGCUAUCAGAUAAAGACCUCACCGUGGCCAAUGUGGGAGACUCACGUGGGGUCUUGUGUGACAAGGACGGGAAUGCCAUUCCUCUGUCUCAUGAUCACAAACCUUACCAACUGAAGGAAAGAAAGAGAAUAAAGAGAGCUGGUGGUUUCAUCAGUUUUAAUGGCUCCUGGAGGGUCCAGGGUAUUCUGGCCAUGUCUCGGUCCCUGGGGGAUUAUCCACUGAAAAAUCUCAACGUGGUCAUCCCUGACCCAGAUAUCCUGACCUUUGACCUGGACAAGCUCCAGCCAGAAUUCAUGAUCUUGGCAUCUGAUGGCCUCUGGGAUGCUUUCAGCAAUGAAGAAGCUGUUCGAUUCAUCAAGGAACGCUUGGAUGAGCCUCACUUUGGAGCCAAGAGCAUUGUUUUACAAUCAUUUUACAGAGGCUGCCCUGACAAUAUAACAGUCAUGGUGGUAAAGUUCAGGAAUAGCAGCAAAACAGAAGAGCAGUAA